CGCGGUGAGAGCGUGGACAAGAUGGCGGCGAGGGGCAGAGGGAAGUUGGACCCUUUCUCUCGACCGGCCACUCUCCCAGAGGGACGGCUGCUGAAGUACAAGCGAGGGCGGGACAUCCCGGCGAGCGAGCUGGAGAACCGCAGGGCGAAGAGCCGGCUGCAGCAGGCGGACAAGCUGAGCAAGUACGCACAGAGGCUGGCAGCGCGAUCAGACCAACUACUGCCAGAGGAGGCAGGGUUCCUGGAAGCGGAUGAGGGUGAGGACACUUGCACGAUCCUGCAACAGGACAUUGCCUCUGUGGUCGACAUCACCAGCAGUGCCAAGUACUUCAACCUGGACCUUCCUCAGUUCGGCCCGUACAGAAUAAACUACACUCGGAACGGAAGGCACCUGCUCCUGGCUGGGCGUCGUGGACAUGUGGCGGCUUUAGACUGGCACACCAAACGACUGCUGUGUGAGAUGAACGUCAUGGAACGGGUCAACGACAUUCGGUGGCUUCACACGGAGACCAUGUUUGCGGUGGCGCAGAAGAAGUGGCUGCACAUCUACGACAACCAGGGCAUCGAGCUGCACUGCGUGAAGAAGUUCAACGAUGUCCUCCGCAUGGAGUUCCUCCCCUACCACUUCCUGCUGGCAACCUGCAGUGCGCCAGGGUUCCUGCAGUACUUGGAUAUCUCGGUGGGCAAGGAGGUGGCCGCCAUCUGCACCAAGGCCGGUCGACUGGAUGUGAUGACCCACAACCCUCACAACGGCAUCGUCCACCUGGGGCACCCACAGGGUACGGUGACGCUGUGGAGUCCCAAUGUGAAGGAGCCGCUGGUGAAGAUGCUUUGUCACAAAGGAGGGGUCCGGGCCGUCGCAGUGGACAAGAGUGGCUU